UCGCGAGGGGAGUGGGGGAAAGGUACAGUACAGCUAGAGAUCGAGCAGCUCGCCUGUUGUUUCUGUUUCCGGUGAGCUGAGGAAUGGCAGCGGAGAAGCAGGAAGAGCGGGCCGCCGCCGCCAUGGCCGGGCGCGCGCCGGCGAGGGAGAAGUCCAGCUUCGCCGUCACGUGCGGCCUGCUGAGCCAGUACCUCAAGGAGAAGAAGGGCGGCCUGCAGGGCCUCGGUGGCCUCGGCAUUGCGGCGCCGCCGCCGCCCGCAGCAGCUGGAGCUUUCAGGCCGCCGACCACCAUGAACUUGCUGUCCGCGCUCGACGCGCCGGCGGCCGAGGAGCCAAACGACGAGGCGAAGGCCACGCCCGAGGAGGCGGGAGGGCACGAACAACAGACCGCCGGAAAUCCAAGAGAGGCAGCAGCCGGGGAGGACGAGGCGCAGCAGCUGACCAUCUUCUACGGAGGAAAAGUGGUCGUCUUUGACAAGUUCCCGCCCGCCAGGGUCAAGGACUUGCUGCAGAUCGUGAACGCUGGCGGCGACGGCGGCGACAGGGCCGGCUCCAGUGCCGCGCCACAGGCUUCACGGAACAGCCUCUCUGCAGACAUGCCGAUUGCCAGGAGGAACUCACUCCACAGGUUUCUCGAGAAGAGAAAGGGCAGGAUAACUGCAAAGGCGCCAUACCAAGCCAGCAGCCCUGUUGGCGCCGACGCGUCCAAGCAGGCGACUGGAGACAAGACAUCCUGGCUGGGGCUGGGCCAAGAAGUGACGGUCGUCAAGCAGGAGAUCUGAACAUGGUUGGAAAUGCAAGCAUGCCAAUCAGUAGAGCCCGUCAGAUUCAUGGACGGUGCUCGUCGUGCCAUAGCGUCAGGUUAAGGGAAAGAAUAAUUUUUACCGUCGGUUUAUUACUGCUAGUGAAGUUGGAUAUUGUUCAGCUGGCGGCGACCCUACCUCGCCGCCGGCAACCGUAGUGCGUGUCAUACAUAGUGGCAUAGGGCUAGCCGCUCGUUUGCAAGAUUGUUUGCUGCUGGAGGCGCAUGUGCUCACAGCAGUUUCGCUUGUUCUCGGCCUUGCUUGACAUAUGUAUGCUUUUGGUACGGAACGAUCAGCAGAGCACGUUCCUUACCAUUUCUCAACAAUUCGUUGUGCUCUCUUCUCUUGCGACGGAUCCUCCUCCGUCGCAGAGGAGACUUGUAUGUUGAGUUCAAGACACUUGCACUAUUUAAUUUUACGAACAUGUAUGCGUGUAAUGUAUUGUAGCA